CAACCCGCCAUUAAAUCCACAAAAGAAGAAGAAGAAGAAGAACAACACCAAACGCUGACGUUUGGUAAACCGUUGUUUCAGGAGGGAAUAACCUUUAUUUAAACAUUUCAGUGUCAGUUUAGUUUAAUAUAUGUUAUACAUAUUAUAUGUCUAGACAGAAGGUAUUGUGUAAUGUAGGAGAUAAAAACAGCCUAUAGUUUUUUCCCGAGGAUGAAUAAAACUUUGUUGUAGCUACACUAUAGAAAAUCAAAUGCACCGGCUAUUUUACGGUAAUUUCGUUAAAUCAUCAUGCGAUGCAACCUCUUAGCUCUCCACUUAAACAAACAUUGAGUGUAAAUGUAACAUUACCCGUUUUUAGCACAAGCUGCAACCUGAAUGCGCCAGUUUUUAUAUAUAUAUUUUAAGAAAAAAGCGUCGGGAUGUACAAACUGUGGUCUGCAGAUUUAAAUGCAGAUCCUAAGCUGAUGUGGAAACAGUCAGAAUCAAGCUUGCAACAAAAUGGAGAAAAAACAAGUCCCAUAAGCGUUAUACUAGUUAGUUCUGGCAGCCGAGGAAAUAAAUUGCUUUUCAGAUACCCGUUCCAGAGGGUUACUGAAAAUACUUCAUCAGCAACGUCAAAACAGCGGAGCCCGUAUGUGCUGAAUGCCUCAGGUGAUUCUACAGAGGACCAGGAUGGAGAUUCAAGAGAACAAACUCCACUUACUGAUGAACAGUUGGUAGCAGGGUUUUCUGAUAUUAUUCUCGCCACCAUCUUGGCCACCAAGUCUGAUAUGUGCGGCAAGAAGUUUGAGCUAAAAAUUGACAAUGUUCGAUUCGUCGGGCACCCAACCUUACUGCAGCCUCCACAUACUAUUCAGGUUUCCAAAACCGAUCCCUCCCCCAAAAGAGAGCUGCCCACCAUGAUCCUGUUUAGUGUUGUUUUUGCAUUAAGGGCCAAUGCAGAUGCUUCAGUCAUCAACUGUAUGCAUAACCUGUCUCGCCGAAUUGCCAUAGCCCUGCAGCAUGAGGAGCGCAGAUGUCAGUACCUCACCAGAGAGGCCAAGCUCAUGCUGGCAGUGCAGGAUGAGGUCACCACCAUGACUGAGACGGAUGGUACUCCACAGUCCCCUUUUCGCCAGAUCCUUCCCAAGUGUAAAUUAGCAAGAGACCUGAAAGAGGCCUAUGACAGCCUCUGCACAACCGGAGUUGUGCGGCUUCACAUUAACAACUGGCUGGAGGUCAGUUUCUGCCUGCCACAUAAAAUCCACCUUGUUGGAGGGAAACACAUCCCGCCAGAUGCUCUUGAGCGCAGCCUAAAAGCCAUUCGGCCGUAUCAUGCACUGCUGCUGCUGGAAGAUGAGAAGGCCUUGCUGGCUCAGCUCCCCCUGGACUGCUCUCCUGCUCUAGUGCGUCUCAUCAAAACCUGCUCUGCCAUCAAGAACCUGCAACAGUUGGCUCAAGACGCUGACCUGGCUCUCCUUCAGGUUUUCCAGAUAGCUGCACAUUUGGUGUACUGGGGUAAAGCCAUCAUUAUCUAUCCUCUCUGUGAGAACAACGUGUAUAUGCUCUCUCCCCAUGCAAACAUCUGCAUCUACUCCCCUCUGGCUGAGCAGUUUGCCCUUCAAUUUCCAGGUCAUGACCUGCCCUCCAUGUUAGCCAAGUUCUCACUUCCUGUAUCUCUGUCUGAAUUCAGGAACCCAUUGGAUGCCCCUGUACAUGAGGCUCAGCUGAUUCAGAUGGUGGUGUGGAUGCUCCAGCACCGACUUCUAAUUCAACUCCAUACAUACGUUUGUCUGCUGGUUCCGCCUAUUGAGGAGGAGCCUGGUCUACGGGAGGAAGAGCCACCCAUAGUCACACGCGUUACAGGCCGAAGUCUGAGCACACCCAGUGCCCUGAGUUUUGGUUCUCCCACAAGUAGCGAUGACAUGACUCUGACGAGUCCCAGUAUGGAUAACUCAAGUGCUGAGCUGCAGACUGGAGGAGACUCUCCUCUCAAUAAGAGGAUGACAGAAACUCUGCUGGCCAGCCUGACUGAACAUGAGCGGCAGGCCAUCCUCCGUGUCCCAGCUGCACAGAACCCAGAAGACCUGCGCUUGUUUGCUAGGCUUCUGCAUUACUUCAGAGGUCAUCAUCACCUAGAAGAGAUCAUGUACAAUGAGAACAUGCGUCGCUCCCAGCUAAAGACUUUAUUUGACAAGUUUCGCAGUGUUUUAGUCAUAACCAACCACGAGGAUCCCAUCAUCUCUCUGUUCCAAUCCCCACCAGAGUAAAAGGAUCAUUCAGCUUGAUGUUGGAGUGCUGAACCCAGACCAGACAACUGUGUUGUGUCAUCAGUGGGUUUACGGCUGAUUUAGGCUUAAAUAAUUUGUUUAACCUAAUGCAGCGAAAUCGCUUUGGCUGCAAUGAAAUAAUGGUUCAGUUUCAUGAGGCACAUGCAAUUAGGCCAUGCAUAAUCUAGCGUAUAUAGCUUUGUUGACCAAAGAUUUGUCUGUUGUCACAAAAUGUUCACUUUUACUUCUUACAAGGUUUAUUUUAAUAAAUUAUUCUGUGGUUGUGC